GAAUGUGCUUAACUUGUACUUUCAUUUUACAGCUGCAGAUUAAUGCUCAUGCUCCUUCAGCCAGUUCCGAAAAUUAUGUUGCUGCGACAGAGAAAUUUGCUUGCUGUGAUUGUAUUGAUAUCGAUCUCACUCAUUUCUGUAUUGCGGGUAGAAGCACAACUGGAAGAAUGGUGCAUUGCAGACGAGCAGGCGUCGGAUGCUGAGCUGCAGAGUGCACUUGAUUGGGCGUGUGGGAAAGGAGGAGCAGACUGCAGUAAGAUUCAGAAAGAUCAGCCUUGUUAUUUGCCAAACACGGUCAAAGACCACGCAUCAUUUGCCUUCAAUAGCUACUUUCAGAAGUACAAGAACAAGGGUGGCACCUGCUACUUCAAAUCAGCUGCCUUGAUAACCGGGGUUGAUCCUAGCCAUGGAGGAUGCAAGUACGAUUAUUCCCAUUGAAGUAAAGCACAUAUCAAAGCUUGAAACAAGUAUCGACUUCUUUGAAGAUUCUAUCAAUGUCUUGUCUGGAGUUGCAAUCCUAUCCUCAGGCAAAUUCAUCAUCUUUUUGUGGAUGCGUGGCCACAAAUUAAAUGAUACUAUUGUAUUCUUGAAUUGUAGAGAUCAUCAAUUUGCAGCUUAUCAAUAAGAAAUUGGAAUAUAUUUAUAUCUGUUAGAUAAUAUAAACUCCUUGAUUAGAGU